AUGAACGGCGCACAUCCGUCAGAUAACGAUUCUGGCUCGGCCAGCAGCAAGAAGCCGGAAAAGCCACUGCGAUUCGUCACAAACUAUGGCGCACCACAUCCCAAGAGGCGGCGCAUUGGAGCUGCUUGUCUGACGUGUAGGAAACGGAAGACGGCUUGCAGUGGUGAACGACCGUUCUGCGAUACGUGCAAGCAGAAUAAGCUGGACUGCGCGGGAUAUUCCAAUGAGGCUACCACUGGGAGCAGCAGCACCAACACCAGCAAGCGGGCUGAGUCUGAUCAAUCUCGUCCAGCCAACGAGUCCAGACAGCCUACCUCCAAGGCCAACGACCGCGGAACCCAUGAUGGUCAAUCGAAUUCGAGGACAUCCUCCACGCAGCAUACUUCAUCGACUUCUGACUUAUCGAACCAAAUUGGCGGUGAGCUUUCGCCCGGUGUAAAAGUUGGGGAAGAUGCAAACGUACCUGCAAUACCCGCGACCGUUCCCGAGCAGCCACUUUUCGCUGGACCUCGCAAUCGGAUGCCGUACUUCCGCUGGCUGGGACCGACUGCUAUCAUGCCAGGCUUCAAACAGAUGGUCGUAAAGGUCAAACGUCAAGAGAGUGAAUUGAAGAUGGAUCUGUG